GAAGGCUUUUCAUUAAUUGAUUCCCACAAGUGGCUAAAGAUAGUAAGAAGAGCAGACUGCCUGCUGCUUCGUGCACAGUCAAAGAAUGAAUGCCGCAUGUUUCGUGUUCAGUUUGGUGGAGAUUCAAAAGAACAGAUGCUGGAACACUGCUGCAGUUGUGUUCAGAAACUGGUGGAGUACAUACCGGUUCAAGUAACUGAUGAACAAAGCCAGCAGCUCUAUCACAGUCUCAGUCAGAUGGCUAAUGGUGAAAAUCAAGUGAAGGACACUCAAAAUGCAGCAGUGCUACAUGGAGCAGAUGAGCCUCUACCAGAUUCCUGCAUAAGCUUUGGAGAAAGAAGAUCUGUAACACAGCUAGCACAGUCUGUGCUGAACAAGAAGUUUGAGCUCCCCCUCGCGUACGGGCACGCGGCGUGGCCUGCACAAGAGCUGGGACCCUUCAUUCACUUGUGUCUGAUGGAUCAGAAUUUCCCAGCUUUUGUGGAAGAUGUGGAGAAGGAACUGAAAAAACUCACAGAAGGUUGA